UGGGGGCGCAACGCGGCGGCCCCUCUCCCGUUACGUAACCGACGCUCCCGUUCCUCGCGGCUCCCCGGGGGCGUCGCGAGCACCCCAAAGCUGUCGGCGACCAGAGCAGGAAGUUGUUGUGGCUGCUGGUGGUGGUUGUUAAGAUGCAAUCGCGAAAAAAACGGCGGCGGUGGGCAGUGCAGCGCGCGUGAAUUAAUUAUCAAAGUUUGAUUCGUGGUUGCGUGGUGUGUUUGUGGUGGUGGUGGUGGUGGGAGGGGGUUGUGAGCCAUACUUCACCCCGGUGGCGAGAGACUUAAGGCGGCGGUGUCGAUGUCGUGGGUGGACACUUGGCCAAGAGCUGGGACACGCCAACCAACACGAAGUGUCACUGGUACAGUAACCACACCACCACCACCACCAACCACAACAGCCACCACCAACCACCACAACCACCAAAUCAAAACCACAAACAAUCCCACCACGUUCAACAGCAACAACAACAGCAACAGCAGCAGCAAAGACGAUUAUACCAAUAGUAUACAAGGAGCGUGUGUGUCAUAAUGAUGAUAAUGAUGAUACGUGAUCGUAUUUACAUCGAACUAUAAGAAUCGCACGGCGAAAACUUUGUUGUGUUGUUGUUGUUAUUGUGCUGUACACAAUCUUUGGUCACGGCACUCGCUCGCACCGGAUUAUAAGACGCACCCUCAGACUCCUUUUUUUCCCGAUCGAUACAGAUCAAUAGAUUUGUGGGGGGUUCCCUCCCCCUCAUAUAUACGUGUUUAAAACGAAUAAACGUCGUGUUUUGUUUACUUAUGUGCGCCAAAGUCGACGAAGAGUGAAAAAACCCCACGGAAAUCGCCACCACCAACCACCCUCAUCAUCCUGCUGCUGCUGCUCGGGUCUCGGUGCCGCUAAAUCGCAAAGGCUUGGAUAUUACCAUGAUGGCGGCAGCGUGAAUGUGGCGAAAACACGCAAAAUGCUCCGAAUGUAAUUUUACGCACUCUAUUUCAAUUUGCCAAAAACGCCAGUAAAAAGAAAAAAAAGCAAACGCACAACAGCAGCAUGGCAGAUGCGAGUAAGGGGGGAGGAAGUCCCCCAAGGGUUAGACCCCCACGGCCGCCCCCCCCAUCCUGCGUGAAACAGUCCUCGCCCUCACCCGGUGCGCAGUCAAAAGCGGCGAGACCAUCGACCCCGGGAGACGAGGACAGCUCGCAAACAACAGCGUCGAAACUACACGAACGGGAGGAGACUCCUUCAAGAGAGCGGGGCGAUGAACUCGCAAGGCCACAAGAGGAGCUUUGUGCUGGAGACAUCGGCAGAGUCGAGCCGUCCAGUUCAGGCCUGCCGCCUGCCAUGGUCAGGCCCGUCCCGGCCCCCAGGUCGACCCUCGCCGCGUCACGUGCGAACGCGGCCGCCGCCUGCGAUGACUCGUCGUGCUGGGACGACUCGUUAAUGUUCGUGGACGCGAGCGACAGCUUCGGGCAGGCGGAGGCGACGAAUCCCGACGGGAGCUUUUGGAAUUCCUACGUUCUGAGGCAGCCUCCCUCGCCAGAGCGGAUGGGAAAUUCCACCGCCGCGGAUAUAUUCAUGGCGUCCGUUUUAAAGUCCCAGCAACAGCAGCAGCAGCAGCAGGAGCUGCUGUGCGAUAUUGAAACAUCACCGGAGCAGCAGCAGCAGCAGCAGCAUCAACCGCCGCCGCCGCUGCUCCCAAUUGGCUGGACGUGUACCGAUUCUGCCGGUCCAUCGGAGGCCUGCGACCCUUCGUUCGCGAGCUGCCCGUUGAGUUAUUACCGCACAGAGCCGCUGAUAGUCGUGGCACCCACGCCGAGCCCCAGGCACUGCCGCAAAACCAAGGAGGAGAAUUUAACCGGCGAGUGCAGCGCGACCGUCGCCCUCGCGCCCGGAGCGCACGGUCAGGGAGCAGCAGAGGGAGCAGGAGAAGGCGACUCCUUCCAAAGCUGCGUGGGGACACCGGGCGGCGACCGCACGCACGACGCGGAGGGUUCGGAGGUCGCCACGGGCGGCGGCGGCAGAAGCGGCAGCGGAGAGCGGACGCCCAAGGCCUCGUUUUCCUCGGACGAUGAGGACGACGAGAUCGACUUCGAGAUGGUCGACCUCGACUCGCUGAACAUGCGGAUGCAGGCUCUCUCCGUGAUGGGCGGCACGGAGUCGAACGAGGCAGAGGAGGAUGCAUAUUACACCCCCCCGUCGUUCCGGACCCCCUCCCCCAACCUCCUGGAACCUCCGUGCGUGGACGGAGCGAGAGCCGUGACGGUGAGUGACGCGGGGAGCGGCGCGGUCGGUGGUGGCGGUGGUGCUGGCUUUGGCGGUGGCUUUGGUGGUGUUGCCGGUGGCUGCGGUGGUGGCGCUGGCUGCAGCAGUGGCGUCGAUGUCGGCGGCGACGUUGCGGGAGACGCCGAAGCUGUGGACGAGUUGGACGGCUUGAAAAUCCUGCCGUUCGCCCAGAAGGUGGUGAAAAAGCUGGAGUGGCGGAGUCAGUCAAUGGAGGUUCCCAACGGCACGUCGUGGACCGGUGAAGACGUCACGAAGCGGAGGCACUCGGAUAUGCCGGCAUCCACUCACAAGAGCUCAAGCCACAGGACAACGGUGCAGUCGGAGAGCCUCUUUGAAGUCUCGACAGAGGGAAAUGAAGAGGAAGUGGAAUUUUCUCGCAUGGUCACAGGGCUGCGAGAGCGAUUCAGCCACAGCGACUGGAGUUCGAACUCGGGGAUCCUGCGCAGCCCCGUGUACACCUUCACCGAGGUGUGCAGCGUCAUGCUCAAGGUGCUGGUGGAGUUGGACAACGCUCAUCCCGAGCCCAUCACCUUCACCUGCGAGUCCCAGUCCCCAGUUGAGCUGCUGCUGAUUCAGAUCUUGUGCUUCCUGCACCCGGACUUCUCACAAGUGGACGUGACCGAUUACCUCCUCAAGGUGCACGGGCUGGACGAGGUCUUGCAGAGCGAUCGACAGUUUGGCAGCCACAGCUACAUCCAGCACUGCCGGCGCUUCGAUCUGGACGUGCGGCUGAAGCUGGCGCGGCGCAGCGCUCUCAGGCAGGGGCUGGCUCGCACCGAAGAGGAUGAUGCUCGCCCAACCGUCUUGCGUAUUGACCAAGAACUGCACGAGUGUCCACAGAAGCGCUCGCUCACCAAGCAGGGGCUGUCAAUGCUCAUGGAUGUCUAUCACAGUGAGGUGGAGACGCUGCUGCUGCACGAGCAAUCGGGCAUUGGCGUGAGCACGGACCGCGUCAUCCAGGCCGCCAAGGCGCUGUGCUUGGCGCUGGAGAGCGUGGAGACGCCGGCCGUCACCAACGCCGUGUCUUCCCUGCGACACUUCGGCACGGCCGCCCCCCAGCAAGAGGGUGCCUUCCAAAGCCAGUGGGGCUCAGGCCUGCUUCCUGAUCAAUCGUGGGGCAUUUCAGGUUCCCUGCGCGCGCCGCUGGAGGCCCUGACGGCGUCGCUGCACCAGCUGAUCGAGCUGCACGGCGCCGCGUUCCGCACGCACGCGCAGGCGCGUCGCCCCACGCGCUAUUCCUACCCGCUCACCGACGACCAGCUCCGCUUCUCGCUCUACGCCGCGCACCGAGUGCCGCCCGCCUGGAUCGGCAGCUACGAGCGCUACUACAUGGUGUGCACGCUGAACCACGGCAGCAGGCCCCUCUGCCGGCCGUGGAAGACGCAGAAGGUGUUGCUCGAGAAGAGCUUCUCGCACUACAUCCGCUGGAACGAGAUAGUCAAAUACCCGCUGUCAGUGGCCAGUGCCCCCCGAGAGAUAGUCCUCCGUCUGCAGCUGUACGGGGUCAUGGCGCUUCCAGCAGGCACCUCGCAGGACGGCUACAAGCAGCAGGAGGAGGUCCUAGGAUGGGCCAGCAUGCCGCUCUUCAACUUUCGCGAUGUCCUCGCAAGCGGUAGUAAGCUGCUGGAGCUAUGCUCCGUGAACCCCAACGGGAUCGGAGGCGGAGGGAUAGCUGCCACCGUCAAAGACAACGUCAUCCUGCAGAUCGAUUUCCCCGAGUCGAAUUUUGACGUCACCUUCCUGACGCCCAAGCCGGAAUCCUGCACGCCGACGCAGAGGCCUGACGCGGUGGAUGAGGCCACGCAGCAGAAACUCUCCACGCUCCUCGACAAGCGCUUCCUAUUCGACCUGUCGGACAAUGACAAGCGAGCGCUGUGGGACCUCCGCGCGCUGUGCCUGGGGAACUGCCCCCCCGGCGCCCUGCCCCUCGUGCUGGCCGGCUGCCCCAGCUGGGCGCACGCGCAGCUGCCCGGGACGUACGCGCUGCUGCGCGCGUGGCCGCCGCUGUCUCCCGUGCGCGCCCUCGAGCUGCUGCACGCGACGUUCCCGGACCAGGAAGUGCGCCGCCUCGCCGUGAGCUGGAUCGAGAACCUCUCGGACGACGAACUCGCAGACUACCUGCCGCAGCUGCUGCAGGCCGUGAAGCAUGAGUGUCACCUGGACAGCGCUCUCGUGCAGUUCCUCCUCGCCAGAGCCAUGAGCAGCGUCAACAUCGCCCACUACCUCUACUGGCUGCUGAAGGACACCCUGGACGACGAGCAGGCCGGCGAGCGCUACCAGCUGGUGCUGGGCGCGCUGCUCAGCUGCGUGGGGAGCCGCCUCUCCGCCCAGCUGGAGCACCAGGCGCGCCUCGUCCACGAGCUCACGCACGUGGCCACGCGCGUGCGCGCUGCCACUCCCGGAGCCGCUCGCAAGGCCGCUCUGAGAGAGGGCCUGGCGGACGUGGAGAAGUUCUUCGAGCGGGAGGGCGAAUGUCGCCUCCCGCUUAAUCCCAGCCAGGUGCUGACGGGACUCAACUUAAAGGCUUGCUGUUACUUCACAUCAAACACCACGCCUCUGUGUCUAAAGUUCCUGAACCGAGAUGCACCCGGAGAUGACAUCAGCGUCAUGUUCAAGACGGGCGACGACCUGCGGCAGGACAUGCUGACGCUGCAGGUGAUGCGCGUCAUGGAGAGCGUGUGGCUGCAGGAGGGCCUCGACAUGCGCAUGGUCCGCUUCCGCUGCCUCUCCACGGGCAAGCAGCGAGGCAUGGUGGAGUUGGUGCCGGGAGCUGAGACGCUGCGCCGGAUCCAGGGAGAGCACGGAGUGACGGGAUCCUUCAAGGACACGCCGCUGGCCCUCUGGCUGCGCAAACACAACCCCUCUGAGCAGCAGUACCAGCAGGCGGUGGAGAACUUCAUCUACUCGUGCGCCGGCUGCUGCGUGGCCACGUACGUGCUCGGCAUCUGCGAUCGGCACAACGACAACAUCAUGCUACGCACCACGGGGCACAUGUUCCACGUGGACUUCGGCAAGUUCCUGGGCCACGCGCAGAUGUUCGGAAACAUCAAACGGGACCGCACCCCAUUCGUGCUGACGGCCGACAUGGCGUACGUCAUGAACGGCGGCGACCGUCCCACCAGCAGCUUCCAGCAGUUCGUGGAGCUCUGUUGCCAGGCGUACAACGCCAUCCGCAAGCACGCGGGACUCCUCUUCAACCUCCUGGGCCUGAUGAUGACGUCGGGCAUCCCGGAGCUGUCCAACAUGGAGGGCCUCGUUUAUGUGCGCGACGCACUCCGGCCCCAAGCCACCGAGGCAGAGGCCGCCGAGCUCUUCACGGGGCACAUCAAGCUGAGCCUCAGCAGCCUGGCCACGCGCAUGAACUUCUUCAUCCACAACCUGGCACAGCUGCGCGCGCCCGGCACCGGCACGCUGGGCUCGUCGCCGGAUCGCGGCCGCCCCUCGCUCUCCAUCGUGACCCCGCGUGACCUCGCCAUCGCCGCCGCCUCGGCCCAGGGCCGGGCCCUGCACGCGUGCGUCACGGGCUACAGCAAGCGCUACAACCCUGACAAGUACUACCUCUACUCGAUUCAGGUGAAGCGCGAAGGGCACCCGAAGCCCAGCGUCAUCCACAGGACGUUCGGGGAGCUGCAGGAGCUGCACUCGAAGCUGUCUAUGCUCUUCCCCGCGCCAAAGUUGCCGCGGUUCCCAAACCGGCUCAUCCUCGGCCGGGUGAACACUCAGGAGGUGGCGGCUCGCCGGAAAAUAGACAUCAGCAACUACUUGGCAGCUCUCCUGCAGUACACCACGCCAGAGGUGGCACAGUGUGAGCUGGUGGCGAUGUUUCUGUUGUCCCUCAUUCGAGACCAAAGUCAGUCAGACGCUGAGAGCUCUCCAUCGUCUCCAGAGGGCUUGCACGCGGUGCCGCUGGGCUCCGAGCCCGGCGGCGAGGUGGACGUUCGCAUCGUUCACCGCAACGGAAGCCUCUACGUCCUCGUGUUCGGCUGCCGCGGCCUGGUGUCUCCCGCAGGAUCAUAUCUCUUCCCGUGUGUCAAGACGCUGUUGCUGCCAGACCCUUACCUCGCCACCAAGCGCAAGACGCGUGUGCUGCACAGAACACCCAACCCCAAAUUCAACGAGAUGUUCCUGUACAGCAGCUACAGCCGGGAGGCGCUGGCGCAGCGUGCGCUGCAGAUCAGCGUGUGGAGCGUGCAGGGCAGCAAGCGCUCCGUCUUCCUCGGGGCGGCGAGCCAGCCCUUGGCCGACCUCGACCUGUCUCACGACAACUCGCUCGCGCUCACGCUCGGCCCCGUGCUGGACUAGGCGCGGGCGCGGGCGCGCGUCGCACCGGGGCGUGUGCUCCCAACUCUCGCGCGCGUCCCCCGCCGUGAUCUACGGCGAGGAAGACGACGAACGAACCGGAGCGGCGCCGCCGGAUCCGGGAGUGGCCCAGGAACAACCCAGGAACGUUAGCACGGGCCCACCCACCCCACCCACCCACCACUCCCCAACAAGACCAUCAUCCCCCCCUUCUGGUCCCUGUUAUAAAAUAACGUAAUGUCAACUCGCAACGCACACAGCAUAUCGUUGGCUGUCCAAGAGAUGAAAUCAAAUCGGACCCUUAUUGCACUUCACAUCCGCCUGGGUGAGAAUGCAGGGCGAUCGCUCAGCUCGGCCGCUCCGUGUCACAGACGCGGCCUGCUGCGUGAGCUUGGCGGUGGCGGCAGCACGGGCGGCGUUUUGCGACGUUUGGAUUUACCGGUUGAGUAAUUGCCGGGAGCUUUUUCCGACCCGGCAACACAUUUUCCCUCUUUCCUUCGUCCGAUCUCCCUUCUUCCCUGAGUUGUUCUCUCUUCAGUUGCUUUUGUUGGUCCAUCUUGCGUUGUGUUAACCACCGUGCCAUUGCACCUCCCAUAUCUACGCAUAUCUGCGCAACCGCUAUCGAUGCGUAUCUAUUGUAGGCUAGCCACGGACACAUUCGCCGAGCUUCCUAUAAACUUAAUAGCCCAGUAGUACACUGAAAUGCAGGCUCAUUUUAUAUCGGUUCUAGACUUGAACGCUCAGAGUUAUCCCUUCACACUAGCUUUGAGCACACAUUCGUCUGGAAUGUAGUCGAGAAUGUCGUGAUGGGAAUAUUGUCUAGUAAUAGGGUAUAGCCUAGUAAUGGUGUUAUAGUCGAGUAAUGGGGGUAUAGUCUAGUAAUGGGGGUAUAGCCUAGUAAUGGUGUUAUAGUCUAGUAAUGGGGGUAUAGUCUAGUAAUGGGGGUAUAGUCUAGUAAUGGGGGUAUAGUCUAGUAAUGGGGGUAUAGUCUAGUGAUGAGUCAGUGGCCUCGGUGCGACUGUCGGUGAGCGUUAUGGAGGUGACGUGGCUUGAAAAGGCGUAUUGAUUCUCGUUCGGGGAGAGCCUUUCAUGGUGCAGAAGUGAGCCUUGUUUUGAUGAACGAGGUGGCAAGAAAAGGUCAUCGCCAUGACCCUAUUUUAACGUCGGGAGGCCGUGCGUGCGGCGGGUUGCGUUGCAACGACAGACGGCACUGGGCGGGCGAACGUUUAAAAUGGGGUGUUGGGGUGGCGGUCCUGUGCCCUAGGAAGUUCGUGCAACAGAAACGUUCAAGCUUUGCUUCCGUUGCCCGCCGUGGGUCCGGAAGUACAGACCCAAGUGCGCAACCCCAGAGAGACGUGUGCACGCUUGAUCGACUCAACGUUGACUUAUAAGAUUCCCCCCCCCACACACACACACACACACCCGCGCGCCCCUUGCGUAGCAACGUAGGAUUACCCGGGUGGGCAAGUGCUGUUGGUGAGCGCCUGUUGAGGCACGGGACGCUGUACGAGAGGUGGCGGUGUGGCCGCCACCACGCCCGCCCGUCUGUCCGUGUCUCCGCGGUGCUGAUGGUUAUUCACCACCGUCGGCUUGCUCACCUGGGGGGGACGGAGGUGGGGGGGUGGAGGGUAAAGACACGGGGACCGAAUUUAGACGUCGCUUGUCAACCGGCGUUGGCCGUGGCUUGGGAAUCGGAACUGGGGCCGCCGCGUUUUUGUCGCACGGCGGCGCUUUCGGACCACUGCACUGCCUCCGCCACCGCCACUUCGCGGCACUUUUAUUUUUAAUAGCAUUAUUUAUUUAAAUAUUUCACCCCGGAAAGGGCCCUCGAGAUGGAGCAAAAACAAAAAAACCCCUUGGCAAGAGUGCCCAGGGUGCGGAUUGACGCGUGCGCGGAAAACGCGUGACGACAACGGCAAAGAUCCCCCGCAGAGCCCCUAGAAAAUUGUUGGGGCAAGUGCUGUUAGCGAGCACCUAAUGAAGGCCGGAACGGCACACGA